AUGACCCCAGAAGCUGUCAUUACUGCAGCAAGACGGGACACCUACGCUGGGAAUGUCCCAAUAUGCAAGCUGAGGCUAAAGAACGUGGGGAGGCCAGAAAGCCAAGCCAGACCCGAGGUCAGACCUCAGCACCGCGUGUGGACCCUAUGUAUUGGUGGUGGGGAAACACACGUACUGUUUGAUACUGGAGCUACACACAGCUUUGUGAGCCCAGAUAUGAUCGGAAAAGGGUUGUUCCAGAUGGGAACGGAGGAUGAUCCUUGCAUAGUGAAUGCGGCCGGUGGGCAAGUAAUGCAUUCAUUAGGGCGAGUAAAGGAUAUCCCAAUAGUGAUCCAGUAUAGAGUUAUGCCUAUGGAUCUGGUUGUGGUCUGCCUUAAGAAUCAUGAGGUGAUAUUAGGCAUGGACUGGCUUGGAAAGAAUCGGGCUACUCUGGACUGUCACAGAGGAAGGGUGCAGUUUGAGACUGGGUGUGGACCCCCGAUCAGGUUCCAAGGUAUUCGUCUGACUUUUGGAUGCUUAGUGAUAUCAGCAGUCCAAGUGGAACGGAUGCUUGAGAAGGGUUGUGAGGCCUUUUUGGUCACAAUCGCCACUAAGGAGGUUGUAGGGGCUGGUGACCCGGACGGGAUUCCGCUGGUUAAAGAUUUUGAGGAUGUGUUUCGGGCACUACAGGGCAUUCCCCCUGAUAGGGCUGGCCGGUUCAUAUUAGAACUAGAACCAGGGAUGGCCCCAAUGUCCAAAAGUCCAUAUCGUAUGGCUCCGGCCGAGAUGCUGUUGGAUCAGCUCAAAGGGGCCAAAUGGUUUUCCAAGAUUGAUUUCGCCUCAGAGUAUCAUCAGAUCCCAAUUGAGCCUAAUGAUAUCAGGAAGACGGCGUUCCGGACCAGAAACAAGGAAGACCAUGAGAAGCAUCUCAGGGCCGUACUAGGACGUUUGAGGGAACAAAAACUCUUUGCCAAACUAAGCAAGUGUAGUUUCUGGCAGAAGAGCGUUGGGUUCCUCGGACACAUUGUGUCUGAUCAGGGCGUGUCAGUAGAUCCGGAGAAGGUUCAGACUAUACGAGAUUGGCCACAGCCUAGGAAUGCUACUGAGGUUAGGAGUUUCCUAGGGCUGGCCGGCUACUACAGAAAGUAUGUCAAGGGGUUUGCAAGUUUGGCUCAACCCAUGACACGACUUACAGGCAAGGAUGUGAAGUUUGCCUGGAAUGAAGGGUGUGAGAAGUGUUUCUCAGCUCUAAAGGAUAUGCUGACGAAUGCACCAAUAUUGGUAUUGCCGGAGGGAGAUCAACCUUAUGUGGUCUAUACGGAUGCGUCCAUCACUGGGUUGGGGUGCGUCCUGAAACAUGGGAAGGUGAUUGCUUAUGCCUCGAGACAGCUGAGAAAGCAUGAAGGGAAUUAUCCGAUCCAUGAUCUAGAGAUGGCGGCCGUGGUGUUUGCUUUGAAGAUAUAG